ACUCCUGGUCCUGCACUCUCCAAAGGGUAUUCCAGCUGCCUAUUCAUGUUGGGUAUGCCAGACUGAAAGACUAGCCACUGAACUCAGAGCUGAUCUGUCGAAGAUUCAGAAGGUUGUGGUAGCUUCUAGCUCUGUCCUGAACAAUUGGUUGGCACAGAACACAGAAGAGAGAGAGACUCAAGGUACAUGUUUUUGAAUGAUUUUAUGAUAAUACUUCCAAGUGCUCACAUGUUGAUUAUCAUUCUGGGUCCCUAAAGCAUGUUCAUGAGUAGAGUGAGUCUAGUUAAAAGAAAAUUGUUUGAGGUUCUGGUUUGAACUCAAGAAUGUGAAAAAAAAAAUUGGCUUGAAAAUCAGAUUUUAGACUUUGUUGAUAAGUGUGCACUAAUGGUUUUGUUAAGUGUUUCAGGUUCGUGGGCUAUUAAAUUUAUUUCAGGUGAAGCCCAUUUGUUUCAAAGCCCAUAAGAUUGCUAAGCAUAUUUAGGAGGGAAACAUUAGGGUUAAGUGCUAAACGUGGAAGUUGAAAGGUUUUCGAAUUUGUGCUUCUCUUGUUCUCUCAACUUCACGAGUUUGAAACCCUAAGCCAAGCACGAUCGACGAUAUGAAGUCCAUUUUCAGCGGAAUCCAGAAGCUUGUUUCGAGCCAGUCGCCAGAACCUGUUGCGUCUCCACCGGAACAGCAGAUUCCGACGGAAAUGCAGUCUCCGACGGACGAAGAGCAGGUCCCCAGUCAGGAAGUCGAGUCGAUGGAUCAAAUGAACCAGUCGGUCCCGUAUUCAGUCACUCUUCCUGAUUCAGAGGCUCAGGAUCUAGAGAAGCCUGAAUCUCCCAAAUCGCCAACGACUGUUGAUGGCGAUUGCGAUUCCUACGUAAACACUCAGAGAUCUCAACCGGCUGAGCGAAAUGAACCAAAUCGGGUUAUGGAAAUUGAAGACCUUUCCGAUGGUUCUGAUUCGGUUCAAGUAACCGGAACCACUGGACCAUCUGUCUCGUUUCGAGUACUGAAGCGUAAGCAGUUAGCCGCGAUGCCUUCUGAGCAGAAGAAGCGGCGUCAAGCGAUUCGAGGAAAAGGGGUGGCUGUGAAAGGCGAACCGUCUUUGGAAUUUGAUCAAACCCGGUUUGGAUCUGCUGUUGCUUUUCAGAGGUAUGGUUCGUUUCUUUCCCGGAAAUUGCAUGCUGAGGUGAACACUACUUUUGGUGAAAUUGAUGAGGUCAAGGAUUUGAUAGCUGCGGCUAGACUACUUAGGACUGUUUCCGAAAGCAAGCCUUUUGAUUCUCAAGUAGUGUAUGAGUUUUGGGCUAAUCUGCCGUCUGUUGAGCCUGAAACAGAAUCAAUGGAUGUUUUAAUCCGCAACUGGGUUUAUGAGUUCACUUUUGACAGGAUCAAUGCUCUGUUUGGUCUUGCAUCUGUGGAUGAACGUACAGAACAACGGCAUAUGGCUGAAGUGAUUACCUCAGACAUAGCUCUCUUUGUGUCAGGAGGUAAAGCCAAGGUCUUCAAGCAGUUCCAACUAUCUAAGGUUGAGGACAACAACACGAAAGAUCUUCUCAAGAUCUGUUGUACCAACUGGCUGCCUACCACCAAUGAUGGGUAUGUCACUCCUGAUAGAGCCAAAUUGGUUUACAAGGUGAUGCAUCAGAAGCCGUUUGAUUUUGGGAGGAUGGUCCUUAAGCUGAUCAUCAACAUGGGUGUGACCCCUGUCUCAAAGUUGUGCCUGCCGUUUCCCAGUUUGAUCUAUCAGCUGAUCCAGUCACAGCACCCUGUGCAUCCUGAUGUAUCUCAGCCAGUGCCAAAGUCUACCAAGAAGGGCAAAGCAAAGAAAGGACAGACUGCUGAGGUUCCAGUGUACUCUUCAGAUGAUCGCAAGGCGUUGCGUCGUGCUAUUCAGAUCAUGCAGCGUAUCAUCGAUGCAGGACUGAUUGAUUUGUGGGGGAGCAUUUGUCCUGGGGAGCAGUUGCUGUUGUUGCUGUUUGCUUUUGGUUGUUAGCAGCAAUGUAUUUUUAUUACAGAACCUUGUUUCGUUAGCUUUUAGCUUUUGGGUCUGUAAUAUGUUUAAACAUGGCAUUUUAGGAUUUCUUAUUUUGGGAUUUAUGCUAGUUAUAUUGCUAGAUGUUUUCCUUGUUGCUGUGUUUUGGUUUUGUCUCUCUGUGACUUUCAGGUUUAUCACAAAGGAUGAUUGAUUAUCAAACUAAGUAAAAACGGGGGAGAUUGAAGAUGCAGUUCCAGAACAGCUUGCUGUGAAGAUCAGGAAGCUGCAUCUGUUCAGACGCCUGAGACCACAUCAGACGCCUGGGAUCACAUCAGACACUUGAAGUUGCUGACAUGGAGUCGUGAGAUGACGUGGCAAAGCUUAAGUGGAUGGAGUGACGUGCUAAGGAAGAUUUAUUGCUUGGCAGCAAAGAUAGAGACGAAUUGCGUGUGAAGAUAUGGUGAAUAUUCUUUACAUCAAAUAAAGAAAGGAUGAGCUUGACAAGCAAGCAUAUUCCGUUUCGGUGAGAUCCUCGAAGAUCCUAGGGUUAGGGUUUCGGGUAGUUAGUAUAAAUAGUCUAGGGUUAGCCACGAGCCACUUUGAACACUUUAGACUCUUUGUACGUGAUUGUAAACUUCGAAGCUAGCAAAACAAAAAGCUGAGAAGGUGAGUGUUUGUUUUCUCUUGGGACUACACGGGUGUAGGAGAGAUAGGUUUAGUGCUCGUUCUUUAGUCGGGUUCAAUUCUAUUGGGAGGAAUAGAUUUAGUAAGAGCCGAGACAAAAUUGUAUCCUAGGAAAAGAUAAAUUUUGUUAAUAAAGAUCGAAAGAAAAAGCGUUUGCUUGGCGCGUUCCAAGCGUAA